AUGUCUGACAUUCAGUCUGGAUUUAAAAGCCCGAGUUCCUUUGCUGCAACAUUAAGUAUUCUUAAACUAAUAAACUGCUUCGUGUCUUCCUGUUCACCUCCAGGUGACCAUCUGUCUAGCCAACAGGCCCCGCCCCCUCUCCCACCGGCCCCGCCUCCGCACAAGCAGCACCCGUCCAUCACCUCGCUGAGCCGCAGCUCGCUGGCCAAUCAGAGGAGCCCCAGUCCACCCCCCACAGGCGGCCUGGCGGCCGACUUGCAAAGUACGGCGGAAUGUGUCCAGCUGCAGGACAGCUGGGUCCUGGGCAGCAAUGUGGCCCUCGAGAGCAGGCAUUUUCUAUUUAAAACGGGCACGGGGACGACACCGUUCUUUGGCGCUGCAGCCCCUGGUUACACUAUGGCAACGGGGACCGUCUACUCCACGCCUGCUCGCCCUUUGCCUAGAAACAGCCUUUCCAGGGGAGCUUUCAAGUUUAAGAAGUCGCCCAAACAUUGUUCCUGGAAAUGCACUGCGCUGAUCGCUGUCGGCAUAGCAGUGGUGCUGUCCAUCAUCCUCACCUACUGCAUAGCAAUGCACCUUUUCGGCCUCAAUUGGCAGCUCCAAGAAUUGGACAACCAGCCAGCUUUUGAAAACGGAGGAAUAGGGAAAACCGGGCCCACGCAGUCCAGCGUAGUGACAGCUUUGGCUGCCGAUGGAAGGACCAGUGUGCUCCACCCCGAGAACAACUCCAUUGAUACCGGGCAGGUCGACAUCGGGAAGAGGGUGGCGCAGAGCGUCCCCCCCGGGGUGUUCUGGCGCUCUCAGCUCAGCAUGGAGCAGCCACGCUUCCUCAAGUUCAACAUUUCGGUCCAGAAGAACGCUCUGAUUGGAGUCUACGGACGAAAGGGUCUCGCACCAUCCCACACUCAGUACGACUUUGUGGAGCUGCUGGACGGCAGCCGGCUCAUUGCCAAAGAGCACCGGGCUCUGGGGGAACCGGAGGCGAGGGCGAGGCUUGACCACCCGGUCGCCGUCCACCAGGCCGGGUUCAUCCAGUACCUGGACUCAGGGGUGUGGCACUUCGCCUUCUACAACGACGGGAGAGGCCUGGAGGCCGUCUCGUUCAACACCAUCGUCCAGGAAUCUGUGACCGAGUGCACACACAACUGCUACGGGAAUGGAGAGUGUGUGGCGGGAUCCUGCCACUGUUUCCCCGGAUUCAUCGGACCAUACUGCUCCAGAGCUGCCUGUCCCGUUCUGUGCAGCGGUAAUGGCCAGUACACCAGGGGGCGCUGCCAGUGCUACAGCGGCUGGAAGGGGACCGAAUGUGAUGUUCCCACCUCCCAGUGCAUCGAUCCCCAGUGUGGAGGCCACGGGCUGUGCGUGGCGGGAAACUGCGUGUGCAACGCCGGCCACAAAGGAGUAAACUGUGAUCAAGUGGACUGUGUGGACCCGGCGUGCUCCGGUCACGGAGCCUGUCAUCACGGUGAGUGCCACUGUAACCCGGGCUGGGGAGGGAUCAGCUGCGAGAUUCUGAAGAGCACCUGCCCGGAGCAGUGCUCCAGCCAUGGAGCUUUCAACACCGACUCAGGAACCUGCGUCUGUGAGGCCAACUGGACAGGAGCCGACUGCUCUAUAGAGGUGUGUGCGGUGGACUGCGGCCCCCACGGCGCGUGCGUUAGCGGCGCGUGUCACUGCGAGGAGGGCUGGGCUGGACCGGGGUGCGGUCAGAGGGACUGUCACCCGCGCUGCAUCGACCACGGCGUGUGCCGAGAGGGCAAGUGUGACUGCCACCAGGGCUGGACUGGUGAACACUGCACCAUCGACGGCUGCCCCGGGCUCUGCAACAACAACGGGAGGUGUGUCCUGGAUCAGAACGUCUGGCACUGCGUCUGCCAGUCGGGAUGGAGAGGGCUCGGUUGCGACGUCGCCACCGAAACGCUCUGCUCCGAUGGAAAGGAUAACGAGGGAGAUGGGCUCAUAGACUGUAUGGAUCCGGACUGCUGCUCUCAAAUGGCCUGCCAGGGUCAGACCUACUGUCGUGGCUCCACUGACCCCACGGCGGCCGCCAACCAGGGCCAGAGUGCAGCCGCCCAGCCCUCGUCCAGGAACUUUUACGAACACGUCAGCUUCCUGAUGGGCCCCAGCGGCAGUCACGUGAUUCCAGGAGACAACCCUUUCAACGGCAGCCUGGCGUCAGUGAUCCGGGGUCAGGUUCUAACAGGAGAUGGCACGCCACUGAUUGGAGUCAACGUCUCUUUCCUGCACUACCCGCAGUAUGGCCACACCAUCACGCGGCAAGAUGGCAUGUUUGACCUCUUGGCUAAUGGCGGCGCGUCUUUGACGCUGAGUUACGAGCGCGCCCCGUUUCCCACAUUGUACCGCACAGUGUGGCUGCCCUGGAAUGUUUUCCAUGUGAUGGACACGGUGGUGAUGAAGCGGGAAGAGAACGACAUCCCCAGCUGCUACCUGACCGGCCUGCUCAGGCCGAACCCUCUCAUUCUGGCCACGCCCCUCUCCACUCUGUACAAGACCUCCACCGAGGACAGCCCCAUCAUCCCUGAGACCCAGGUGCUCCAUGAGCAAGUGGCCAUACCAGGCAGCGACCUCAACCUGGUCUACCUGAGCUCCAGGGCAGCUGGCUACAAGCCCAUCCUCAAGGUGCUCCUGACCCAGGACCGGCUCCCUUUCGGCCUGAUGAAGGUCCACCUGAUGGUUGCCGUCAUGGGCCGCCAGUUCCAGAAGUCUUUCCCGGCUUUCCCCGACCUCUCCUACACUUUCAUCUGGGAUAAAACAGACGCCUACAAUCAGAAGGUCUUUGGCCUGGCAGAGGCUGUGGUGUCGGUGGGGUACGAGUACGAGUCCUGCCUUGAUGUGGUGCUCUGGGAGAAGAGGACGGCCGUGUUGCAAGGCUACGAGCUGGACGCCUCCAACAUGGGAGGAUGGAUGUUAGACAAACACCACACCCUGGACAUCCAGAAUGGCAUUCUUUACAAAGGUAACGGGGAGAACCAGUUCAUCUCUCUGCAGCCGCCUGUGAUUUCCACCGUGAUGGGGAACGGCCGGCGCCGGAGCAUCUCCUGCCCCAGCUGCAACGGGCAGGCUCAAGGCAACAAGCUGCUGGCGCCCGUGGCUCUGGCGUGGGGCAUCGACGGAAGCCUCUACGUCGGCGAUUUCAACUUCAUCCGCCGCAUUUACCCGUCUGGAAACGUGACAAGUAUCAUGGAGCUCAGCAACAACCCAGCCCACCGGUAUUACCUGGCGACUGAUCCAGUUAGCGGGCAGCUCUACGUCUCGGACACAAACUCUCGGCGGAUUUACCGACCGAAGACUCUGAGCGGAACCAAGGACCUGCAGGCCAACGCCGAGGUGGUGGCAGGAACCGGAGAACACUGUCUGCCCUUCGACGAGAACCAGUGUGGCGACGGAGGAAAGGCUCCAGAAGCCUCUCUCACAGGACCCAAAGGGAUUGCCGUGGACAAAAACGGACUGAUCUAUUUCGUGGACGGCACUACGAUCCGAAAAGUGGACCAGAAUGGCAUCAUCUCCACUUUCCUCGGUUCCAAUGACCUAACAUCGGCUCGUCCUCUGACCUGUGACAGCAGCAUGGACAUCAAUCAGGUGAUUUUGGAGUGGCCCACAGACCUAGCCGUCAGUCCCAUGGACAACUCCCUCUACGUGCUCGACAACAACAUAGUGCUGCGCAUCACCGAGAACGGUCAAGUGAGCAUCGCCGCCGGCCGGCCCGUCCACUGCCCGCUGGCCGGACUGGAGCGCGGCGUGGCCGGCGGCCAGAGGGCGCAGCUGACCCCGCUGGAAUCGGCCGUCUCCAUCGCCAUAACGUACCACGGCGCCAUCUACGUGGCGGAAACGGACGAGAGGAAGAUGAGCAGGAUCCGGAAGGUUUCGGUGGACGGCGAGAUAACGCAUCUGGCCGGGGCCCCCUCCGACUGCGACUGCAAGAACGACGCCAACUGCGACUGUUACCAGACCGGGGACGGCUACGCCAAGGACGCCAGGCUCAACGCUCCGUCUUCUCUGGUGGCGGCUCCAGAUGGGACGCUCUACGUGGCGGACCUGGGGAACAUCCGGAUCCGGGCCGUCUCCAGAAACGGGCCGACCCUGACGUCCGGCGCCGGCGCCUACGAGCUGGCGUCCCCGGACGCGCAGGAGCUGUACACCUUCGACAGCAACGGCACGCACCAGCACACGGCCAGCCUGCUGACCGGAGACCUGAAGUACAGCUUCAGCUACAGCACGGAGAACGACAUCACCGCCGUCACCGACAGCAGCGGCAACACGCUGAGAAUCCGCCGAGACCCCAACCGCAUGCCGGUGCGCAUCGUCGCCCCCGACAACCAGGUGAUCUGGCUGACCAUGGGCACCAACGGCGGACUGAAGACCCUCACGACGCAGGGCCAGGAGCUGGUGCUCCUCACCUACCACGGCAACAAUGGCCUGCUGGCAACUAAGACGUCGGAGAUUGGCUGGACAACUUUCUACGACUAUGACAGUGAAGGCCGGCUAAUGAAUGUGACAUUCCCCACCGGAAUGGUGAAUAACUUGUACACAGAGAUGUACAGCGCUUUGACGGUGGAUAUUGAAAGCUCCUUGACAGAGGAGGAAAUCAGCAUCACAACGAAUACCUCAACCAUUCGUGCCUUCUACACUCUGGCUCAGGACCAGUGUAGAAGUAGCUAUCAAGUGGGCUUCGACAAUUCGCUGAGGAUUACCUAUGCCAACGGGAUGGACACCCAUUACCAAACGGAGCCCCACAUCCUGGCCGGAGCCGCCAACCCGACGGUCGCCAGGCGAAACAUGAGCCUGCCAGGAGAAAGCGGGCAGAACUUGGUCGAAUGGCGUUUCCGCAAAGAACAAGCCAGAGGGAAAGUGAUAGUGUUUGGACGUAAACUGCGGGUGAAUGGACGGAACAUUCUCUCCGUGGAUUACGAUCGCACCCUGAGGACAGAGAAGAUUUAUGACGAUCACAGGAAGUUCCUCUUAAAGAUUAUAUAUGACACCGCAGGCCACCCGGUCCUGUGGGUGCCGAGCAGUAAGCUACUGCCAGUUAAUGUGAGCCGCACAAGCAGCGGGCAAAUCAGUGCCCUGCAGAGAGGUCCCACCACAGAGAGGCUCGAGUACGAUAGCCAAGGCCGCCUGAUUUCCAGAGUGUUUGCAGAUGGGAAGAUAUGGAGCUACACCUACCUUGAGCAGUCCAUGGUUCUCCUGCUCCACAGUCAGCGCCAGUACAUAUUUGAGUUUGACUCUCUGGACCGUCUGUCUGCUGUGACCAUGCCAAGCGUGGCCCGCUACACCAUGCAGACCAUCCGUUCAGUGGGUUACUACAGGAACCUUUAUCAUCCCCCAGAGAGCAACGCCUCGGUAGCCGUGGACUUCAGCGAAGAUGGCCUCCUAAUGAGGAUAGCACACCUCGGCUCAGGCCGCAGAGUCCUGUACCGAUACCGCCGGCAGAAUAAGCUGUCAGAGAUCCUGUACGACAGCACGAGAGUCAGUUUCACCUAUGACGAAACGGCAGGGGUCCUGAAGACGGUCAACCUCCAGAACGAGGGUUUCAUCUGCUCCAUUCGUUAUCGCCAAGUGGGUCCCCUGGUGGACCGGCAGAUUUUCCGCUUUAGCGAGGACGGCAUGGUCAACGCUCGCUUUGAUUACACGUAUGACAGCAGCCUGCGUGUGACCAGUGUACAAGGAGUCAUCAACGAAACACCACUUCCCAUAGACCUCUACCAGUUCGAUGACAUUUCAGGAAAGAUCGAGCAGUUUGGGAAGUUCGGGGUGAUCUACUAUGACAUAAAUCAGAUCAUAUCAACCGCAGUCAUGACUUACACUAAGCACUUUGAUGCCCACGGACGCAUCAAGGAGAUUCAGUAUGAGAUAUUCCGUUCACUUAUGUACUGGAUUACUUUUCAGUACGAUGAUGUGGGUAGGGUCACCAAGAGAGAAAUCAAGAUCGGUCCCUUUGCCAACACCACGAAGUACAGCUAUGAGUAUGAUGUGGACGGCCAACUCCAGACUGUGUUCUUGAAUGAAAAAGUUAUGUGGCGCUAUACUUAUGACCUUAAUGGAAAUCUGCACUUACUAAACGCAGGAAAUAGCGCCAGGCUUCUGCCCCUGCGAUACGACUUGAGAGAUCGCAUCACCCGCCUCGGAGACAUCCAGUAUAGAAUGGACGAAGACGGUUUCCUACGUCAAAGGGGGGCAGAAAUCUUUGAGUACAAUUCCAAAGGACUGUUGGUGCGGGUCUACAGCAAAAGCAGCGGCUGGACCAUUCAGUAUCGCUACGACGGACUUGGCCGCAGGGUAUCCACUAAGACCAGCUUGGGUCACCACUUGCAGUAUUUUUAUGCCGACCUGAGCUACCCCGCAAGAAUAACUCAUGUCUACAAUCAUUCCAGCUCAGAGAUCACAUCAUUCUAUUAUGAUCUCCAAGGUCACCUGUUCGCCAUGGAGAUCAGCAGUGGGGAAGAGUUCUACAUCGCUUGCGAUAACACUGGAACACCUUUGGCUGUCUUCACAAGUAACGGCCUUCUGGUUAAGCAGCUCCAGUACACUGCAUAUGGCGAAAUCUACUUUGACUCUAACCCAGACUUCCAGCUCGUUCUGGGGUUUCACGGAGGACUGUAUGACCCCCUGACCAAACUGCUACAUUUCGGGGAGCAGGACUAUGAUAUUAUGUCUGGCAGGUGGACCGUUCCCGAUAUUUCCACUUGGAAAAAUGUUGGCAAAGAGCCAGCUCCUUUCAAUUUGUACAUGUUUAGAAAUAAUAAUCCUAUCAGCAAAGUCCAUGAAUUGAGAGAAUAUGUUGCAGAUGUGAACAGCUGGCUUGUUACCUUUGGCUUUCAUCUUCACAACACCAUUCCUGGGUUUCCAGUGCCAAAGUUUGACUUGAGCAUGCCGUCUUAUGAACUGAAGAAAAGUCAGCUCUGGGAUGAUCUGCCGUCUAUCUCUGGGGUCCAGCAGGAAGUAACCAGACAAGCACACUCCCUCUUGUCGUUCGAGCGGCUGCCUGAGGUCCAUCUCAGUCGAGGUCAAAGAGGUGAAAAGUCCUGGCUGUGGUUCUCGGCCGCCAUGUCUCCCAUUGGAAGGGCCGUUAUGUUUGCCAUCUACAAGGGCAGCGUCCACACCCACACGCUCAACGUGGCCAGCGAAGACUGCAUCAAGGUUGCGACGAUCCUCAACAACGCCUUCUACCUGGAAGACCUCCAUUUCACCAUAGAGGGGCGGGACACGCACUACUUCGUCAAGCCGGGACUUCCCGACGCGGACCUGGCCGCCAUGCACCUGACCAGCGGGCACAAGACGCUGGAGAACGGGGUGAACGUGACGGUGUCCCAGUCCACCACCGUCAUGGACAGUCGGACGCGGCGCUUCGCGGACGUGGAGGUCCGCGCCGGCGCCCUGGCGUUCCACGUCCGCUACGGGUCCACGGUGGACGAGGAGAAGGCGCGGGUGGUGGAGCUGGCCCGCCAGCGCGCCCUGGCCGGCGCGUGGGCCCGCGAGCAGCAGCGGGUGCGAGACGGCGAGGAGGGCGUCCGCCCCUGGACCGAAGGGGAGAAGAGGCAGCUGUUGAGUAGCGGGAAGGUUUUGGGAUACGACGGGUACUACGUACUUUCCAUCGAGCAGUACCCGGAACUAGCCGACAGCUCGAAUAACAUCCACUUCCUUCGGCAAAGUGAAAUCGGGAAAAGGUAA